AUGAAAAUACGCACAUUUGGGAGUAAAAGCAAGCCACCCAGGAAGAGUCUUGGUGUAAUUGCUGCUCCAGAACUUCUGGUUCUUCCAGGAGUGAAGAAGACACUGCAGACUCUUGAAAUUCUUAGCCAUGAAAGAGAUGAAGACGAAAAGAAGCCUAAUGAAAAUGUCUGGUCAGCCCAAAAAAAAGAAAGCACCACUAAGAUAAAGAUCUUUGCAAACAGCACAGAAAAAGAACAAGUACAUGCAAUAGAUACUAUGUCUGCUGUAAGUGUCUACUCAGAAAGAAAUCCCUCAGUAAGACCAGCUAGUCCUUCUGGUCAUAGAGAAGACCAAGCACAGCCAGAGGUAAAAAAGCCAAAGCGUGCCAGAAGUGAAGAUAUACUUGUAGAUACGGAUAUUGGACAUGCCUCUGAUAUUGAGAGAAAGGAAAGUAUUAGUGGAAAUAGCUUCAUGAAUAGCGAGUACAUUAUAGAAGAAGCCAAUCAGAUUAAAGAAAUUCAAUGGAUGCCUUUCUCUACACUACCCAUUGCAGAACUGAAGAAGCUAGGGGAAUCUACCUUCAGUGAGAUAUAUAUAAACAAAAGGACACAAACAGUUUACAAGAUAGUGCCUAUAACGAAAAAGAAAAUGUACGUUAAGGUGGAGCACACGAAAAUAGACCACUUUAUAAAGGAGUGCUUGAUUAUGGAGAGAAUGAACAGGUCAAAGUACUCUGCCCAGAUGUAUAACUGGUACUUGGUAAAUGAGAGAUAUCCAAGUGCUCUUAUAGAGAUAUCCAGGGACUGGGCACAAAGGAAUAGAAAAAGUGCUGAAAAUAUCAUCCCACAAGCAAACAAUUCAUCUGGGUUAUUUGGUGUAAUUGAGAUGGAGUAUUGUGGGUGUGAGCUGGAGAAGCUUGACUGGCCAUCUCUUACAAAGGAGGACUGUAGACUAAUUAACACAGAGCUACUGAAGUGCAUGAAAGUAAUGGAUAGUCUGCAGGUGGAGCACAGAGACCUGCACCAGAGCAAUGUCUUGGUACGGAAGACAAGCAGUGGGGCGUACAGGAUAAAGACAAUUGACUAUUCUCUGGCACAUGCUGUGAUGCGCCAAGACGACAGCAAGGCUGCCUCUGUGGAUAUAUUGGGGAUAACACCAGACCUUCUGACAUACCGCGCAGGAAGUGUUUUGUACACGGACAUAGACAGAGAUCUAUCCUGGCUUUUUGAGAGUACUGAUGAUGGUGAGCCCCAUAGGAAAGUGUAUAUGGAAAUGAACAAAGCAUAUACAGGGAACAACAGAUGGAGAAAGAAAGGCGACAGCAACAAAUUUUGGAUCAGCUAUCUUAGGAAAUGGAUGAGUGAUCAGAUUAAAAAACAGUCAUAA